AUGCGGAAGAGCAGUAAAUAUGCACAAACAAAGAAUGCUAAGGUGUCCACGGACUUGUACGACAAGGAGAAAGUUGAUCUUGAGACAAUCAUCGUGGAGGAUGUAUUCAGGCUCCUCCAGUGCGAUGACAAUGGGUCGAUGACGGAGGAGGCGCAGCGCCGUCUCGAGCUGUUCAAUCCCAACAAGCUCGAGUUGGAGGAGCAGAAUGUGUUUCUUCAGCACCGUCUCGAACUGUUCAGUCCCAACAAGCUCGAGUCAGAGGAGCAGAAUGCGUUUCUUCAGGUGCUUUCUAAGUUUCAUGUGGAACCUGUUGUUCUGGGGUCAUGGAGGCUGCCGCCUUGGUUGCCAUCGCACUUUCAAAUGGUGAAGGUCAAGCGGGAUUGUACCUGGCAGGAGAUCGAGUCCGCUGGACUUGUUCCAGGCAUCAAUGUCUCCAUUGAUCAAGCUGCUCUCACCGGUGAGUCGCUGCCUCAGAGCAAGAAGACCGGCCACCAGUGCUUUUUGUGUUCUACAUGUAAGCAGGGUGAGGCUGAAGGUGUGAUCAUCUUGACCAGUCCUAAUACCUUCUUCGGUCGCACGGUGUUGCUCGUUGGCCAGGACGAUGACACUACCAGACACUUGCAGAAGAUUCUUGCCCAGAUUGUAUCAUUCUGUCUUGUCGUUAUUGGCAUCUUCCUACUCACCGAGAUUUUCUGCUUGUACGCUGGCUUCAGUUUCCAGUACCAUUGUGGUCUCAACAACAUCUUAGUGCUCUUGAUCGGUGGAAUCGCAAUUGCGAUGCCUACGGUGCUGUCCGUCACCCUCGCUGUCAGUGCUCAGCAGCUUGCAAAGUACAAGGCCAUCAUUAUCUGUAUCACUGUGAUUGAAGAGCUGGCCACUGUCACCAUCUUGUUCUCCGACAAGAUGGGUACCCUCACUGCCAACAAGCUGACCAUUGAUUGCGAGACCAUUUGUACCUACAGUCCUGUCUUUGCUGAGGACAUCAUUCUACUGUCGGCGUACACGUCAUGCAUGGAGAACCAGGAUGCCAUCGACACUUGCAUCAUCUUCGCCAUUGGCAAUCCAUCUCGCGCUCGCGCUGGUAUCAAGCUCCUUGACUGCAAGCCUUUCAAUCCCCUCAACAAAUGUACCGAGAUCAUGUACCAAGGAGUCAUCAAACAAGCCCAAACUGAGAAGAUUGAGUUCAGGCCUGAGGCCAACGUUGAGGAGUUGGUGAGUCGUGGUCUCCAUACCUUGGCUGUCAUGUAUGAGGAGUUGGAUAGCGAAGAUCCCGAGGGUGAAGGUAAUGCCUUCGAGCUUAUUGGUCUGCUCUCCAUCUUUGACCCUCCCUGUGAUGACAUUAAGCAGACCAUUAACAACACUAUCGCUCUCGAUGUUUGCAUCAAAAUGGUCACGGGUGAUCAGCUCACCAUCACGAAGGAAACCGGUUGUCAUCUCAGUCUCGGUGACCACAUGUAUCUCACUCAGGUCCUCAAGGAUGGUUCCGCACCUGGUAGCAAACACGCACUUCUUGACUAA